AUGUCUAAUUACGGCGGCGGUCGCGGUGGCGGCUAUGGAGGCUACGGUCGCGACAGAGGAGAUCGAGGUGAUCGAAACAGCUACGGUGGCGGCGGCGGCGGCGGUUACGGCGGAGGCCGAUCUAAUGGUUACAGCAACGGUCCAAGUUACGGCGGCCAGAGUAACGGCUUUGGCGGCGGCUAUGGUGGUCAAGGCGGAUAUGGUGGUGGUGGUGGUGACCGCAUGAGUAACCUCGGCGCCGGUUUACAGAAGCAAGAAUGGGAUCUUUCCGCUCUCCCCAAGUUCGAAAAAUCCUUCUACAAGGAGAGUCCCGAUGUCACAAACAGGUCUUCAGCCGAGGUUGACGCCUUCCGACGCAAGCAUCAAAUGACCAUCGCUGGCACUAAUGUUCCCAAGCCCGUCGAGACCUUCGAUGAAGCAGGGUUCCCGCGAUACGUCAUGGAUGAAGUCAAGGCUCAAGGCUUUCCUGCUCCCACAGCCAUUCAGUCACAGGGAUGGCCCAUGGCUCUUUCUGGGCGAGAUGUGGUUGGUAUUGCCGAAACUGGCUCCGGAAAGACGUUGACCUACUGCCUGCCCUCUAUUGUCCACAUCAACGCUCAACCGCUCCUCGCUCCUGGCGAUGGCCCUAUUGUGCUAGUUCUUGCCCCGACGCGUGAACUUGCCGUUCAAAUCCAGCAAGAGAUCACUAAAUUCGGCCGCUCGUCUCGCAUUCGAAACACAUGUGUGUAUGGAGGUGUCCCCAAGGGACCACAAAUCCGGGACCUCUCCCGAGGCGUCGAAGUUUGCAUUGCCACCCCCGGUCGCCUGAUUGACAUGCUUGAGGCGGGCAGGACAAAUCUGCGCCGUGUCACAUAUCUCGUCCUCGAUGAAGCUGAUCGUAUGCUUGACAUGGGUUUCGAGCCUCAGAUUCGCAAAAUCAUCGAACAAAUUCGGCCCGAUCGCCAGACUCUCAUGUGGUCGGCCACGUGGCCGAAAGAAGUGCGAGCCAUGGCCUCGGACUUCUUGACUGACUUUAUCCAAGUUAACAUUGGUUCCAUGGAAUUGUCCGCCAACCAUAGGAUCACUCAGAUUGUCGAGGUCGUCACUGAAAUGGAGAAGCGUGACCGGAUGAUCAAGCACCUAGAAAAGGUCAUGGAUAACAAAGAGAACAAGAUUCUCAUCUUUGUCGGCACCAAGCGUGUUGCCGAUGACAUUACAAGAUUCCUGCGCCAAGAUGGUUGGCCAGCACUCUCCAUUCACGGUGAUAAGCAACAAAAUGAACGCGACUGGGUCCUGGAUCAGUUCAAGACAGGGAAGAGCCCCAUCAUGGUAGCCACCGACGUGGCAUCCCGUGGUAUUGAUGUCCGCAACAUUACCCAUGUGUUCAACUAUGACUAUCCCAACAAUUCUGAGGAUUACAUUCACCGCAUUGGUCGUACUGGUAGAGCAGGGGCCAAGGGCACUGCCAUUACGCUCUUUACCACUGACAAUCAGAAACAGGCUCGUGAGUUGGUGAAUGUCCUGCAGGAGGCCAAGCAGCAGAUUGACCCUCGCCUUGCUGAAAUGGCGCGCUUUGGUGGCGGAGGCGGUAAUCGAUACGGCGGCUGGGGACGUGGACGAGGCGGCGGCGGUGGUGGUGGCAGAGUCAACGUCAACAAUCAACCCCUCGGAAACCGACGGUGGUAA